UUCCUGCAGUUCGGCUUCUAGCACCUGCUGGGUUCUCCGGAGUCAAGUGUUUGCUCGUGAGACUGCAGCCGCCGGGAGUCAGGGUCGUCUCAUAGGAGAUAAGUCGGAAUUGGCGAACGAAGCGCUCGAGUCUGCCACUGGCCAGGACGCGGUCCUCCUCUCCACCAUGUACAGAACCAAAGUGGGCCUGAAGGACCGGCAGCAGCUCUACAACCUCAUCAUCAGCCAGCUGCUCUACGACGGCUACAUCAGCAUCGCCAACGGGCUCAUCAACGAGAUCAAGCCGCAGUCUGUGUGCGCGCCCUCGGAGCAGCUGCUGCACCUCAUCAAGCUCGGAAUGGAAAAUGAUGACACCGCAGUUCAGUAUGCGAUUGGCCGUUCCGAUACCGUCGCUCCCGGCACAGGCAUCGACCUGGAGUUUGAUGCGGAUGUCCAGACCAUGUCCCCAGAGGCUUCCGAGUACGAAACCUGCUACGUCACAUCCCAUAAAGGACCGUGCCGUGUGGCUACCUAUAGCAGAGAUGGGCAGCUCAUAGCCACGGGCUCUGCGGAUGCGUCCAUAAAAAUACUCGACACGGAAAGGAUGUUGGCCAAGAGUGCCAUGCCCAUAGAGGUCAUGAUGAAUGAGACAGCGCAGCAGAAUAUGGAAAACCACCCGGUGAUUCGAACUCUGUACGACCAUGUGGAUGAAGUCACGUGUCUCGCCUUCCACCCCACAGAGCAGAUAUUAGCCUCUGGCUCACGGGAUUACACUCUGAAAUUAUUUGACUAUUCUAAACCAUCUGCAAAGCGGGCCUUCAAGUACAUUCAGGAAGCGGAGAUGCUGCGCUCCAUCUCCUUCCACCCUUCCGGAGACUUCAUCCUGGUGGGCACUCAGCACCCCACGCUUCGCCUCUACGACAUCAACACCUUCCAGUGCUUCGUCUCCUGCAACCCCCAGGACCAGCACACCGACGCCAUCUGCUCUGUCAGCUACAACCCCAGCGCCAACAUGUACGUGACCGGCAGCAAGGACGGCUGCAUCAAGCUGUGGGACGGCGUCUCGAACCGCUGCAUCACCACCUUUGAGAAAGCACAUGAUGGGGCUGAAGUUUGUUCCGCCAUCUUUUCCAAAAAUUCUAAAUACAUCCUCUCCAGUGGAAAAGACUCUGUUGCAAAACUUUGGGAAAUAUCAACAGGACGGACGCUGGUCAGAUACACAGGCGCGGGGUUGAGUGGCCGGCAGGUGCACCGGACGCAGGCCGUGUUCAACCACACCGAGGACUACGUGCUGCUGCCGGAUGAGCGGACCAUCAGCCUGUGCUGCUGGGACUCGAGGACCGCCGAGCGGAGGAACCUGCUCUCCCUGGGACACAACAACAUUGUGCGCUGCAUCGUGCACUCGCCCACCAACCCCGGCUUCAUGACUUGCAGCGACGACUUCCGAGCGCGCUUCUGGUACCGCAGGUCCACCACCGACUGAGCCACGUUCGGGCGUGGACCUUCUCUUCCUGCCCUGUGCCCUGUUGCCACCUGCAGGAGUGAGUCAUGUGCCAGCUGUGGCACCUUGGGCUGCCACCUCUGUUGACAACCGUGGAUUUGUACAAAAGAAUCUUUUUUUACCUUGAUGUAGAAUCAUGGUGGAAAAAGUGGGAAGCAGAUCUGUGCAGUUGUGCGUUCACUGAUUAUUCCAGUGUGAUCUCCCUGGGCUUGUAAAUACAGGACUGGCUGUCGAAAGAUAGAGAAUUAAAGUGCUUUCCAGAUCACGAGUGAGUCUGUUGAGGAUUGUUCGUUGGUCCUUUUGUCAGCCUGCCCUCCUGCUCCUCAUGCAUUUCCGGGUGAGCAGGCAGCUGGCUCCGAGGAUCUGCAGCACUGCCGCACUGGAGCCAGUUUUGAGAAUCCCUGAUUCUCUCCUGGAGUGACAUAUUUCUUAUAAAGCUCAGAUCUCGUUUCAUUUCCAUUUUCACUUCAGUAGAACUAAUGGCCGGUUUUCCCCAUGGCUUCUAGGAGCUGUCUCACACCUCGCAUGUUACUCUUGUAGGACCUGCAUUACUUUGUUUAGUAAAAGAUUGUACCAGUUUAAUGGGGAACGUGAUCAGAACUGUGUUCUAAUCCAGUUUGGGUGAUGGGCCCCAGUUUAAUGGGGAACGUGAUCAUGAUGGGCCCCAGUUUUGCCGGCAGAUGUCUUCCAAAUGGUCAGUACUGCCUGACUGUUUUUAUCCAACUUGCAGUCUUUUCAGUUCUCUGCAACAAGAACUGUGACUUCCCAUUGGGGAUGUGUGUUGUUAACUAUCUAUAGAAAUUUCCAGAAACUUUUUAGGAGGUAUUCUUAAUUCUCUGGAUUCCUCUGUAACAACUUUGAAUUCCUCAUCUGAAACGUAAAAACCAAAUACCUCAUGAUCUAGGUUGAAGAGGACCUGGAAAUAUGAUCUGGGAUCAUUUGAUAAACAGGAAGUAGAUUAAAGCGAAACAAGUUGCUUUAUGUUUCAGGAACUUGUUGAAGUUGCCAUGGAAGAAUCCUGCUUUUCGCUCUACCCCUGCGGGUUGUUGUAACUCCUUGGUCUGUGAAGCCGUUUUAAAGGUUCUAAACAUAACAAAUCACAGCGUGUUAAUCCUCAUUCGCAGAGAUCUCCGUCUGCUGGUCCACGGCAGGCUUCCCUUGGUGUCCUCACUCUGGUAUUUGAACUUGGCUAUCGAUAGGUGCUACUUUGUAAAAUUAAAAGAAACCCAAACUCCCCACUACUUUUUCUGUCUUUCACCCAUGAACUAUAACACAGAGCCUUAGCGUUUCUGAAUUCUGCCCUGGCUCUUGUCCUGGAAUGGCCACACUGCAGUUGCUAUAUGUCCUCUAUUGGCUCUACUCAAUUGCUUGUAAGUUAAAAUAAUGUCUGCUUCUUUAGAAUGAGUUCAGUCGUGGGCCAGGUGUUUCAGAACUGAUAUUUACAAGAUCAGGAUACUUCAUGUAUCGCCAAAAUAGUUUUCUUUUUCCCUCUUGGAAAGUCACCCCCAGGUUUUAGCUGGGCUAAGUGCCAGCAGUGUCCGUAUGGACUCGGGAUCUGCAUCUCAUUGACUGUACCCUGCACUCGUGAGGAGUGACAUCAGGUCAGAAUAAAAAACAUGCACCUCGUGUUACUUGCAAAGAUGUGUGGCUUCUGAAAUAAACAUCUUGUAUAUCAGGAUAA